AUGGUUAAUUUAUUUAAUAAAUUUAAUAAUAUUAAAAAUGAUGAAAAAAAAGUUGUAAAAAGGUUAACAUCAUCAGUCAAAUUAGCUGAUAAAAAAAAAUUUUACCAACCAAUUUCAGAAAAAAAAUUUGGUACUCAACAUGAUAAUGAAAAAAAAAGUUUUUUUAUUACAAAUGGUGGUGAAAAAAAUUUAGAAAAAAAAGUAUUUAUUAGAAAGGAAGAGUUACUUGAAAAAAGAAAAAAAAUUUCUCCUAUUCAACGUGAAGUAUUUUGUAAAGGAAUUGAAUCACCAUUAAAUAUUUUUUUAGAUAUAUUAUCAUCUAAAACACUACAAAAUUUAAAAUUAGAAUAUGCUGCUAUUAAAAGUUAUAUCUUUCCUGAACAUACUAGAAAUGCUUUUGAUCAUAAUAUGACACUUAAUAAGUAUAAAGAUAUUGUUUGUAUUGAUCAAACUCGGGUAAAUUUAGAUCCACCAGGACCUUAUUAUUAUCAUGGUAAUUUUGUUUAUCAACUUGGAAUGAAACAUAAUUUUAUUUGUUGUCAGGGUCCAAUGGAUGAUACAAUUGUUGAUUUUUGGAGAUUAUGUAUUCAAAAAAAAGUAUCAAUAAUAAUUUGUCUAGUUAAUAUUAUUGAGAAUGGUAAAAAAAAAUGUUCCCAGUACUGGCCAAGUAAUGAGGGAGAAACAAUAAAAUUUAAACAUAUUAAUGUUCAUUAUAAAUCAACAGACAACUGUGAUGAUUCAUUUUUUAUAAGAAAUUUUAAAGUAUGGAUUGAUGGUAUUGAUAACGUCACAUAUAGAAUAAGACAAAUACAUUGGAAAGAUUGGCCAGAUAAGUCUGUUCCACCUGUCACAACUCCUGUUAUGAGACUUAUGAGACGUUUAAGAGAUUUAAGAGCAGAUGAAACAAUUUUAGCACAUUGUUCAGCAGGUAUCGGUAGAACAGGAACAUUAGUUGCGGCAGUUAUGUUAUUUUCAAAAAUAUCUGCCAAAUCUGAUAUUAAUGUCUAUGAUACUGUAAUGGAUUUACGUAGGCAAAGGGCAGGUGCUGUUCAAACAGAGAUUCAAUAUAUUUACCUUCAUAAAAUUAUUAUUGAUUAUUGUUUAAUAAUUAAUGUUUUUUCUGAAGCUAGAAAAUCUAGUGCAAUUAAAUUUAUAGAAAAGUAUAAUUCAUACUAUGAGUCAUUGUUACAAGCAGGUUCACAACCACAAAACGGUAAUUUGUUACAUAACUUUUAA